AGCUUAUAUAUCUUCGACGUGAAGUACUCAGAAAGCAAGCAGUGUUUGUGAGAAGUGAGAAGUAGCUUAGCAAAUUCGAAAAGAGUGAGAGAGAGAAUGGCAUCGGAGCAGGAAAGAAGGGAUCCACAGAAGAGACAAGAGCUGGACGCGAAAGCCAGGCAGGGAGAGACUGUUGUUCCUGGUGGAACUGGUGGCAAGAGCCUUGAAGCUCAAGAACACCUGGCUGAAGGGCGCCAGCGUGGAGGCGAGACCAGGAGGGAGCAGCUGGGACAUGAAGGGUACCAGGAGAUUGGUCACCACGGAGGCGAGACCAGGAGGGAGCAGAUAGGUCAUGAAGGGUAUCAUGAGAUGGGGAAGAAAGGAGGAUUGAGCACCAAGGACAAGUCUGGAGGAGAGCGUGCUGCUGAGGAAGGGAUCCCAAUUGACGAGUCCAAGUACAAAACUAGGACUCCUUGAUGUGUGUUCAAAGCUCAUGGCGGCUUCUGACUAGGCUUUUGUUUUGUGUUUUCUUUUCUGCGUGUCCUGUAACGUAGAGUUGUAGAAAUGGUUCCCAGUGUCUUCGUAGGAAGGUGUACGUGGUGCUUCUGUUCAUGCUUCCCGUUCAAGUUUGUAGAUGUAUUCGUGUCUUAUGAGUCCUAAGAGAAGCACCUAUGUGGGUGACUUCUUGUUGUAAGUUGGGUUUUUAUUUUGAGUGUCGACAUUGUUUAAACAUCCUUCCAAGUUCCCCAGUGAAUGCAUUUCUUCUUCUUAAUUUCUUGUUAA